UAUUGUGGCUAGGCUGGUUCUUAACAUAGCUUUCGGCUUGUAUUUAUAUACGCCAGGCCCUGUCCUUAAACAAGCAAAGUGGAGUUGUACUUGUUGGCCUUAGUGUCAGUUAUCUAUUUAGAUUUUAGAUUAUGGUUACCCGCUUAGAGUUCAAAACUUUUGAACCCAGAAGUCUCAAGAACUCACUCUCAAAAUUAAUUGAAGAAUGCAAGAAUUUCAGAGAGCUCAAACAAAUCCAUACCCAGAUUCUUACGUCCCAGUUGUUACCUAACAAUGACCAAUAUUAUCUUAUUACUCGUUUCCUCUUCUUUUGUGCUUUUUCGAGUUGGGGCUCAUUCACCUAUGCUUCUAAUGUUUUUCGGACGAUAAACAACCCGGAAAUUCGUGCUUACAAUAUCCUGCUUAGAUCAUACGCAGCUUUGAAGGAUGAUGGUGAAGAUAGCCACAUUUGCAGGGCUUUAGUGCUUUAUAGAGAAAUGCUUCGCAAUGGCAUUUUACCAAAUAACCUCACUUUCCCCUUCCUGUUGAAGGAUUGCACUAGUAGGCUGGAUGAAGCUACUGGCUCAGGAAUUCAUGCCCAAGUCGUCAAGUUUGGAUUUUAUGAUGAUAUUUUUGUUGGGAAUUCGUUGAUAAACUUAUAUAUGGCAUGCAGGUUGUUGAGUAAUGCCAGGAAGCUGUUUGAUGAAAUGCUGGUGAGAGAUACUGUCACUUGGAACUCAGUAAUUAUUGGGUUUUUGAGAAAUGGAGAGCUUGACAACGCAAUGGAUUUGUUCACACGGAUGAGUGAGAAGAAUAUCAUAACUUGGAACUCCAUUAUUACAGGGUUGGUCCAAGGUGGCCGACCAAGAGAGUCACUGCAACUUUUCCAUCAAAUGCAGGUUUCCAGCGAAGAUAACAUGGUUGAGCCUGAUAAAAUUACAAUUGCUAGUGUCCUCUCAGCCUGUGCUCAACUUGGUUCGAUAGAUCAUGGGAAAUGGGUGCAUAGUUAUCUGAGAAGAAGUGGGCUAGAGUGUGAUGUGGUAAUCGGAACAGCACUUGUAAGUAUGUAUGGUAAGUGUGGGCAUGCAGAUCAAGCAAUUGAGAUCUUCAAACAAAUGCCUGAGAAGGAUGCUUCAGCGUGGACAGCAAUGAUUUCCGUGCUUGCUCUUCACGGAUUAGGCGAGAAGGCUUUUGAUUGCUUUCUAGAGAUGGAAAAAGCUGGAGUGAAGCCUAACCAUGUAUCAUUCGUGGGAUUAUUGUCUGCUUGUGCUCAUUCUGGUUUGGUAGAGAAAGGUCGGUGGUGCUUUGACAUGAUGAAAAAUGUUUACUCAAUUGAACCCCACGUUUAUCACUAUGCUUGCAUGGUUGACAUUCUUAGCCGAGCCAAGCUCUUUGAGGAGGCGGAAAGUCUCAUAAGGGACAUGCCAAUGAAGCCUGAUGUUUAUGUCUGGGGUUCAUUACUUGGAGGAUGUCAGAUGCAUGGGAAUACAAAACUAGGAGAAAAGGUAGCUUUUCAUUUGAUUCAUUUAGAGCCUCGCAAUCAUGCUUUCUAUAUGAACUUGUGUGACAUAUAUGCCAAAGCUGGCCGGUUUGAUGCUGCUAAAAGAGUUAGAAAUCUAAUGAAAGAAAGAGGAAUCCAAAAGGAUAUCCCAGGUUGUAGCAUGAUUGAAAUUUGUGGGGUGGUUCAUGAAUUUUCUGCAGGAGUUUCACUGAAUCUUCCAAUGGAAAUUUUUUUGGUCUUAAACCAGUUAAAUAAUCAGAUAAAGUUGCCAGGAUGAUAAAAAUCAGUACAAGCAUCUCUUCAAUUAGAAUAUGGAGGCAUUUGCGCAGUACGCUGUAUUAUAGUUCAACAAUCAAUCGUGGUGGUUGUAUCCUAUGAAUAACUACACAUGCAUUCAAAUCGCCACUGCAAAGAAGGAAAUCAUCAAUUUGGUGGCGGUUCAUGCAACCUUCACUACAUGGAAGCAAUUUUUAAUCAUUUUCGGUGGUCUUUGGUAUUACUACAGUGGUUGCUGCCUAUGUUUUAGCAACAGGGGCUACCACAAGAAAUUUCUUUUCUCGUGGUUAAAACCAUCGUUAGAGCAAAAUUUAACCAUUAUAUUGUCAAAGCCUGCGCUUUUUCCCCCCCUUGGAGUGAUUGGGAUGAUCACUCAAUUACCAAAGUGAGGGCAGAAAAUUUGACGAGGAUAAAGCACAUUACACAUGCACUGCACUAGUAGGUAAAGAUGUUAGAUGAUGAGGGAUGACAUUUUUGUGCAGAAAUGUCUGCAUGAUUCGGUGUUCUUGUGAUGGAGAAGACGAAUUAGAUCCUCUGCAUUCGCAUGUUCAAGAGAGAUCAUAGCACAAAUAGCACGUAACUAUGUGCGACAUGUAUUCACGUUUUUGAAUGAACAAAGAUUUACAUUGCGUUGAAGAGGUAUAAUCUCUCUUUACCUGAUUAUGCAACAGUUUCUGUAUGAGAAUUGAUUUUGCAUCAGCAAGAAACAGAUGCAAUAACGUGAUCCACAUAUUAGGAAAUGUCCUUUCUUUAUGAAA